UCAGUUAUCUUCAUUGUUCCAAGGAUUUGAACAAAGUAAAGUGGAUCAGCUGAAACUAUGAAAGUUUUCAACCUCACACUGAUCCUUGGAUUGGUUAUCAUCGUCGGAUUUGCUUCUGGACAACGUAAAACUUCUGAACCAAAAAAGUCUUCGAAUCCAUUUGCUUCAAAAAAGUACAACAAUCCUCUUCACGCCGAGUUUGAUGAACCAUCUGCAGAAGCUCUUGCUGACUUGAACCAGAUAAAGGAUCUUAAUGUCUUAUACUUCUAUAUUGCACUUGAUGAGCUCUACUUGACUGGAGGAUUCGCCAAAACUGAUACAAUCAAUAACAUCAUCCUUUCUCAGAAGUCAAUUCCAGACGAUGUAUUCCAAUUGCUCAUUACAACUUUGAGGCUCACCAGACGAGAGCUCAAAAAUGGAGAUUCUUCGUUCACAGAACUCAACUCACAACUGGAGGGCGCGAAGACUGAGUUGACAAAGAACCUAUUCACAGCAGUCAAAAAAGCACUUCGUAACGCAACCGAAACCACUGAUGAUCAGGAUAGUUUUAUUCAGAGGAUCUCUGAGUUAAAGUUAAGCACUGAAAAUGAUUUGGAUGAUUUAAAUGCCAGAAGCGGAGAUGGAGCAGAAGCUCUAGCAGAUUUGUUGGAAGGUCUCAAGAAGAAAAUCAGUUCAAAAGAUUUUGAGACUAUCUCCGAGGCAACUCGAAAUGCGUUUUCCUCGGGUCUUGGUGGUGUUGAAGAUGUAAAAAAUGCAUUAAUCGCAGGAUCCCGACUAGUUUAUAACUUUGGUGGAGAUGUGAAACAAGUGAACGAAAGAUGUUCCGAACUUGUCACAGCAUUCGAAAAAGACUCUUCAUUCUCAAAAAAGUUGUUUUCUGCCAACGAUAUUGUGAAACGAUUGAAUCAAAGCAACUCAAAUGGAGAUUUUGGAUAUCAACUUUUGUUCAAAGCAUUCUUCGAUGAAUCUUCUCCUAAAGGAAAUAUGGUUUUUCUUCCAGCAAAGCUCAUGCGCAUUCAAACUAUGCUUGAUUUGUUUAAGAACUUGCAAAAAGCGGAAAGCAGAACCAUAGCUCAAAUUAUGAAAAGUGUCGCUAACGCUAGGUACAGGGCUGAAGGAUUUCGCACUAUUUUGGAUUCUCUUCAAAAUGACAACAAGAUGGUUUCAAUCAUGAAAAAACAAUUUGGCGUUCGAAUCAAAGAUCAGAAAACCGCUGCUCUCUACCGUACCAUCCUCGAGCAAAUUGGAGAAAUUUCUGUAGACACUGCAUAUCUUCUCCGUUACGUGCGAAGUGUUAUCACUAUUACUGAAACAAGAAAUUAUAGACACUUUAUGGAUAAUCUAGUUGAAUUCACUCAACUAUCCCGUGAUAAUAAGUUCAGAGAUGUUUGGAAAGCACUGGAAGAUGCAACACGACUUGUAAGCAUUCACGAUAAUGAUCUCAUUGCUUUAUUUUCUGGACUUAACGGAACAGUCACCGGAUCUUAUGAAGAAAUAUUCCUCGCCCUUAAUAUGCUUUUGGAGGGUGAGCAGCAAUCAAAAACAGAAGCUAAAUGUCAAUUCAUCAAUGAGUUUUUCACUGGACUGUCGGACACUGACGGUGUAAUCAAAGCAAUUGGUAUUCCGGUGGCUCAGAUGCACAAAUGGAUGGAUUCAACUGAAUACGUGGAUGCUCUUGUAGAUCUGUUGAAAGCUUCUGAAACAUUUGACAAUUUGAACCAACUUUUGGACUUCCACGGAAAAUACACGACUGUUGAUAAGAAGCCACUGAAGUCAAUGGAUCUUAUUGAUAACUUUAUUGUGUUUUUGGAGCAGAAUAGAAAAUACAAUAGAAAGAAUCCACUAUUCCGCAACGGGCGUUCCGAUAUGUAAUCAUUUGCAUCUAACCGAUGGAAUUCAAAUUUAAUAAUUUUACAUACCUUUUCACACAUCUUGCAAUGAAUUCUGAAUUCAUGCUCUCUUUACUGUCAUUCAUUUGUCCUAAAUUUUGAUAGUUUUAAUGAAACAUACUUGGGAAAAAAUGAGAAAUUCUGACAAAACUUUUGCUAGCGGUUUUUAAGAUUUUUUUCACGCAAAUCAUAAGAAAU